AUGUCAUACGAAGCGCAACCCCCACCCACUGCGAACGACGGCGGCUCAGGUUACAUCAACUCCUCAGUCAUGGACAUGCUGUUAAUCGAGCUGGUACCCAUGGCUUAUCGUAUGGCCGCCGAGCUAGCCGCGCGGGAGGAUGAGUACGUGACGCCUGGCAACCCAACUGUUACAUCAGGGCGACGGUCAUCCGCUGUGACAGCAACGAAUGGCGGGACGCCCAAGAGCGGGACUACUCCAAGGAUACCUGAGGGCGCCGCCGUGGGCAGCGCGGAGGAGGAAGAUUAUAAGGAUGCGGUACUAUAUCGCUUGGAGACGUUGGGCUAUCGCGUGGGCUUGGGCAUAACUGAGCGCUUCUCUCGCGACAAACCUCGCUUCAGCGAAACCCUCGACGUCAUAAAAUUUCUCUGCAAAGACCUUUGGACCCUCGUCUUUCGCAAGCAAAUCGACAACCUGAAGACCAAUCAUCGUGGCAUCUACGUUCUCACCGACCAACACUUCAAACCUCUCACCAAGAUGAGCCUGGAAAGGGGGACCGGCGACAACAUUAUAACCGCAAAAGCCCAACCGUUCCUCUACUUCCCCGCCGGCCUCAUCCGCGGCGCACUCGCCAGCAUGGGCAUUAUCGCGACCGUUACGGCGGAGUCGACCGGCCUCCCUGGCGCAACAUUCCAGAUUCGCACUCAAGGCGCCAAGUCAUAG